AUGAGUUCUCCACCCCCCGCUCAGGCCGGUGAGAGCCCUGUCUCCUCGUCCCUCUCGCCCCCCUCCCCUGCGCCUGCUCAGCCCGAGCGGGCCUUGUUUUCUUCGGUGGAGGCGCUUCAGCGCCAGAUCGGCGAGAUACUCGCCACCCUCCGCGCACAGGCACCUCCGCCUGCCCCUCCCCGCCCGGCAUUCCCUGCAGCAGCGUUGGCACAACCCUCUGCUGGUAAUACCGUUUCCUCUAGUCCUGCGCUAGGCCUUCCGGGUGAGUCCUCCUUCUCGGUCACUCGUUGUUUCCCUUGGGUUUCGCCAGACGUAGCCACCCUCGUUCAACGGGACCAGCUCAAGCCUGAGCACCUGGUCAAGCUUCGCAACCUCUACUCAAAGGUCUCGAAAGAGCCCUCUCGUUCCUUUGGCCUCACAUUGGAGGCUGGGCAGCUCACACUGCUCCCCGACUCCGCCGACACCGGGACUUCGUUCUUCGUCAAGGCCAUCCCCAACAUCGCGGCUCUCACUCAGGUCUGGUUGGUCUACACAGCCAUCAGGGUAGAAUCUACGAGAGAUUUCACACUCAACAGUGCUCUCCUCUCCCAUUUGGAGCAUCUAAUCGAGUGCGACCACCUCUACUCGUGGAAAGCCGUAACAGACUAUCACUUGGCCAUCUGCCGCCAGCGGUUUGGGAGGGCUACAGCUGCGGACUGGUCGUCUGACGAUUCCAGAAUCAGUGCGAGGUUGCUGCAGCCUUAUCUCAAGACGUCUAUCGCAGCUGCGCUCAGAGCCGACUCGAGCUCGUCCCGUCCAAGUUGCUCUUCCAGCCGGCGUGCGGGCCGCGCAGUCCGCUCCUCUGCAGAAUGCCAUAGCGACGCUUGCAUGAAGUUCAACGCGGGCCAGCACUGCCGAGGUUGUUCCCGGCAGCACGCUCGCAUCCAUUGCCAGGGCCGCCAUCCUAUGGCGCAGUGCCCAUCACUCGUCUCGGCUGCCAUUUAA